AUGACCACCCCCGCCCACACACCCGUCAUACUUAAGAAGUACCAACAAGUGUCAUCAGUCUUGGAAGGUCAUCCACAGGAUGCCAGCUUAAUGCUAACUCAAGCUUAUGUUAACUCUUGUGUCUCACACAAACCUUAUGUGUUAGCUCGCGGCAGAUUAUAUAAACGUUAUGUUAACUCCCAUGUUGCCAAGCCAAUGCUUAUGGCAACUUGUGGCUGCACGAAGCUUAUGGCAACUUGUGUGCCAGGAAGUAACGGAGGUGCUACUUCACAGCCAGGAAGUAACGGAGGUGCUACUUCACAGCCAGGAAGUAACGGAGGUGCUACUUCACAGCCAGGAAGUAACGGAGGUGCUACUUCACAGCCAGGAAGUAACGGAGGUGCUACUUCACAGCCAGGAAGUAACGGAGGUGCUACUUCACAGCCAGGAAGUAACGGAGGUGCUACUUCACAGCCAGGAAGUAACGGAGGUGCUACUUCACAGCCAGGAAGUAACGGAGGUGCUACUUCACAGCCAGGAAGUAACGGAGGUGCUACUUCACAGCCAGGAAGUAACGGAGGUGCUACUUCACAGCCAGGAAGUAACGGAGGUGCUACUUCACAGCCAGGAAGUAACGGAGGUGCUACUUCACAGCCAGGAAGUAACGGAGGAGCUACUUCACAGCCCUCACUUGAUGACAGGUGUAGCUACACCCCCGCGGGAGGAGACAACCUACACGAGACAACCAGAGGCACUGCAACUCCUGCAUCUAGCAAGCUGCAUCACUGCAUAUCCUGA